GAUGUACUAGGUUUUGCUUUUUUUGGGAGGGGUUUUUCGUUUCGUUUCGUUUGGAUGGUUUGGUUUUGGUUUCCGCAUUGGACAUAUGCGGAGCAUGCAUGCAUUUGGCUUUUUCGUUUCCUUUCCUCUCCCUUUCCCUUUCUUUUUUCUUUUUCUUUCUCUUUUUUUUGCUCGCGUUUUUCUCGGACGAACCGGGCGUUUUGGGGAUCCCUUUUUUUUUCUUCCUUUCUUCUUAUUCUUUUUUUUGUGUGCCCCUUCGUCGUCUUCGACUCGUCGUACGAUACUUACUCUGCGGUGGACGGUGGCCGGAUAAUCUCAUGGAUGCUUUGGGGUGAUUAUAUUUUUUUCUCUCCCUCUCACGAGGGGCAGGGCGGGACGGGGGCGGGG